CCUCCCUUAACGGACACCUCUAAAUAGCGGACACCUCUAAAUAGCGGACGUUUUUUCGGGGACGGGUACAUUUUCACCACUUUUAUAUAGGAAAACCUCUAAAUACAGGACACUCUAAAUAACGGACACUUUUAUGACAUUGAUAUUAGUUAUUUUUAUCUUAAAUUAAGAAUUACUUUAGAAUACCUGAAUAAAAACGUUAUCUUAUGUGUACAUUAUUAUACUGUACAUGAAAAUCUUAUCUGUUCAGUCAUUGAAAUAUUAUCGCGUCAACGAAGUAUUGUAACUAAUGCAUUGUCCUAUGUGCAUUUAGUUGUGUUUGUGGUGCCAACGUUUAUUGUAGUGCGAAUUUAUUUAUUUAACGUAUUGUUUAUACAAACUUUAUUGUAGUGCGCUAUGGCUAGCAAAAGAAAACGAUUAACUUUAAAAGAAAAAAUAGACAUUCUGGAAUUUCGAACAUCAAAUACAAUGGGCGUUCGUGCAUUAGCAGACAAAUUUAGUGUUAGUAAAACACAAAUUGCUGAUAUUAUAGCAAAUAAAGACGCUCUUUACAAAACUUGGGCUGAAAAUGGAGAAGAGAAACGGAAAUGGACAAAGCUACAAAAAACAGAAACCUCUAUAAUCAACAAUGAAGUAUUAAACUGGUUUUCAAAAUUACGAGAAAAAAAUCUUCCUGUUUCAGGACCGAUGCUUCAAGAAAAAAUUUGUGGUGAAGCAGCAAGUGUUGAUGAAGAAGCCGUUGAUAACUGGAAAGCAAAAAUACCCGAAAUUAUAGCAAACUACGCAGAAUGCGAUAUUUUUAAUGCAGAUGAAACGGGAUUGUUUUAUAGAGUUCUACCAGAUAAAACCAUGGCGUUUAAAAAUGAGAUAUGUACUGGAGGAAAAAUUUCAAAAGAACGUUUAACUGUACUCUUGUGUACUAACAUGUUAGGUGAGUUUGAACGGCCACUCGUCAUAGGCAAAGCUAAACGUCCACGAGCCUUCAAAAAAUUGGAUAUUAACAACUUUCCCGUCAAUUGGUUUUGGAACAAAAAAGCCUGGAUGACGACUGAAAUAAUGACUGAGUGGCUUAUGAAAUUUGAUAAUAGAAUGGGUCAAAAUAAAAGAAAAGUUUUACUAUUUUUAGACAACGCGGCUCCUCAUCCACAUUUAAAAAUGAAAAAUAUUGAACUUGUGUUUUUUCCACCUAACAUGACUUCUCAUUGCCAACCGCUUGACCAAGGAGUAAUCCAUCAGUUUAAGAAAUUAUAUCGUACGCAACUGUUACGUAAAGCUGUUGCCGAUUUGGAUGCCAAUUCAAGUCAACCUAUCAACAUAAUGGAUGCAAUUUACUGGGUGUCUUCAUCUACAAAAAACAUUCAACCCGAAACAGUGAAGAAAUGCUUUUUGCGGUCUGGCUUUAGGCACCGUGAUAACAAUGUUACAGACGUUGAUGAUCUACUUACACCAAUAGAAGAACUUGGCAAUCUUAUUAAAGUGAUUGACAAUACAAUUACGGAAAAUGACUACAUAACACUAGACGAUUGCGUAGAGACUUACGACGCCGAUAUCGAAAAUUCAUCUGAUACUACGAGCAUGUCUACCCAAAAUGAAGAAGAAAGUGAUGAAGAAAAUGAUGGGUCCGAAGAUCAAGAAAUUCCAAAAAUAAGAAGUCUACGAGAGGCAUUGCUAGCAGUAAAAGACAUACGUACAUAUAUUUCUUCUAUCGAGGUACAGAAUAGUUCAUUGUUCUCAAACACAAUCCAAUUAGAAAAUGCCUUAACAUACGAAAUAACUACGCCUGCAAUUAGUAAACAAACUAAAGUAACAGAU